AUGCGCCAUCAUCACUCACCUCUGUUGCGGUGGCGGGCGGGGAGACUGCUCCUCCGCCGCCGCCAACGCCAACGCUCCUGUGCCCCUCUCCAGGUCGGGUUCGUCGGAGGGGGACCCGCCGCGGUGAAACCUCAGGUCGAUGCUGAGGAGCCUCUUCAGUGAUCUCAUCCGGCUCAACGGCGACUUGAAUCCUUGCCCUCCCCCGCCGGGCGACCCCACCUCCUCCUCCAGGCUCCUCAGCCCUUCCGCCCCCGGCACGUUCGAGCUCGAGCAUGCCGUCGUAGCGGCAGCAGCAACAGGAGGAAAAGAAGAAGAAGAUCCUGUUCCGCCGGCGGCGAGGUCCUCAUUCUCAUGCCUGCACGACUCGCAGAGCUCCGGCGGAGGGGGGGGCUCGAUUUGGAUGUGGACGGAGUCGGAGACUUUCGCCGGCGGCGCCGGCUCGACGGCGGCGCGGCAAAGGGGGCAGGUGGCAUGGGAAUGGAACCACAUGUCUAUGCACUCGAUGUGGAACCUGUGCUUGCAGAGGGGCAUCACCCGCCCCAUCUCGUUCUCCUGGAACUCGCUCAGGCAGACCGCACACUCCAUGCUCUCCUCUGGCUCGGCCGGGCACUUGGCGGCCGUGUAGGUGAAGACCGGAAGCGACUUGACGACCUCGCGGUCGAGUCCCCUCACAACAGGCCCCGCGGCUCCGUCCUGGCUCGCCGCCGCGAAGACGAGGCGGCGGCGAUCGCGUCGCCGGCGACGGGCGCGGCGGAGGAGGCACCAGCGGGCGUAGACGUGCAGGCAGAGGAUGAGCAAGACGAUAGUGAAGAGGACGACGAUGGCGCUGAGCAUGAUCUUGCCGCUCAAAGCGUAGUUCCUGGGGGGAGAGGGGACGCCGGGGAAGACUCUGUGGUCUCCGGCGCUGCUGCUCUCCCAUCGGUCUUGACUGGUUUCCAUCUCCUCCCUUCCGCACCGCUCUAGCACCGAGGACGGGGAAGACGCUGUUUUUAUAUCCCCCCGAGGUACGUCUUUAUCAAGAUAAGAAUUCCUCUUUCUUUUUUUCAACCAGGGUUCGAAGAAAAGAGUCGUCCUCUCAGAGUUGGGUUUGAUGGCGGCGACUCGCUUACUCUAUCUCCCCCACGUCGCGACGACCUGCAUUAUUAAACAACUACCGCCAAGAGAAACCGCGUGUACAGCGGCCGCCGGAGGAAAGGGAGGAGGGAGGUGGGCAUCAUUCGUGUCGCAGGCAGGGGAGAGAGAGAGAGAGAGAGAAAGAGAGCUCCUCUCCGUUCGUCUCUAGUGCGCUUUCCGGACCGAGUUGUCCUCGACGGGGACGGGGAGGAGUGAGAGGGAUGUCAUGCGACGGCGACGGCGGGGGGGUGGGGGGGCCGCGGCCAUGAAGCGUCCAAGAAAUCAGCGCGAAGCAUCCGAGAAAUCCAACGCGGCCGUGUCAUCCUCCGACAGCCGACCCACCUGGGAUUCUCCCACUGUUUCGCGUUGGCCGGUCUUUCUCCCCACAGCUCUGA